UCCUCGUUUAGUCUUACUUUUAUAUUAGCAGGAGCUAAGUGCUAAAUAAUAAUGAUGUUUAAAAUUAACAUUAACGCAACCUGCUCUGUUAAUCUGACCCUAAACCACACGGAUUAGCAGUCAACCACUUGUUGCUUUCGCUGCAGACCAAGGAGGGAAAGCACAAUGGCGGAAUCCGAUGGCCGGCCGCUUCCCACUACGACGCCGCCUCACGUUUUGAUCUUCCCUUUCCCUGCGCAAGGCCACAUCACCUCCAUGCUCAACUUAGCCGAGCUCCUCUGCCUCUCCAACCUCAGAGUCACCUUCCUCAACUCUGACUACAACCACCGCCGCCUCCUCCAGUUUACCUCCGUCAAAUCCCGUUUCGCUGUCUACCCCGAGCUCUUCUACAUGCUGGGCAUCGCCGACGGCCUGCCUACCGACCACCCCCGGUGCGGCGAGCAGAUUCUCGACCUCUUCGAAUCCAUGAGAUCGGUAACCAAACCACUGUUCAAGGAUUUGCUUCUCUCGAUUCGCCCGCCGCUCGACUGCGUGAUUAGCGACGGUGGUCUCGACUUCCCUCUCGAUGUUGCCGGCGAGGUCGGGAUCCCGGUCGUUCAUUUCCGUACAAUCGGCGCCAGCUGCUUCUGGACUUAUUUCUGCAUCCCUGACUUGAUUGAAGCCGGCGAGCUCCCAGUCCGAGGAGGGGAAGAAGAAAUGGACAGACUGAUAACCAAAGUUCCCGGAGCAGAGGGAUUUCUCAGAUGCAGAGAUCUCCCGAGCUUGUGCCGCGGAAGAGAUCUCUCUCAUCCCUACCUCCAAGGUAUGGUUUCCGCUACUAGACUGUCCUCCAAAGCUUAUGCGCUGAUCCUCAAUACAUUCCCUGACUUAGAAGGUCCAAUUCUCACCCAAAUCAAUUCUCACUGCCACAAGAUGUACCCAAUUGGACCCAUCCACGAGCACUUAAGAACAAAGCUCAAGAACCUGAAACCCACCCAAGAAUCAUCCUCCUCGUCGUCGUCGAGUCUCUGGGAAGAAGACAGAACCUGCUUGGGAUGGCUAAACGGGCAGCCUCCAAAAUCCGUCCUUUAUGUGAACUUCGGCAGCAUUACAGUGAUGAAACCAGACGAUAUAAUCGAAAUCUGGCACGGUCUCAUCAACAGCAAGCAGCGAUUCUUAUGGGUUAUGAGGCAGGGCUCGGUCGUCGCCGAGCUUGGAAGCAACAGCAACAGCAACACCAGCACUUUCCCUGAAGAGCUGGUGAAAGGGUAUCCAGGCGAAGAACACAUGGUGGUGUCAGGGUGGGUGCCGCAGAAGGAAGUGCUGGAUCAUGGCGCCGUGGGUGGGUUUCUGACGCACAGCGGGUGGAACUCGACUCUCGAGACGAUUGUGGCUGGUGUGCCGAUGAUUUGCCUGCCGUAUUUCGCCGACCAGCAAGUGAACAGCAGGUUUACGAGCGAGGUGUGGAAGCUGGGGCUGGAUAUGAAGGAUGCCUGCGAGAGGAAGGUGGUGGAGAAGGUGGUGACUGAAUUGAUGGUGGAGAGAAGGGAAGAGUUGGGGUCGAGGGCGGCGAGGAUGGCCGAGUUGGCGAGACGGAGUGUUGGUUUAGAUGGGUCGUCGGGUCGGAAUCUGGAGGCUUUGAUUGAGGAUAUCAGAUCGAUGAGGAGGUCGUAAGCUGCUGCUUGGAAUGGAUGAAGUCAAUGUGCUGUCCUCGAACAGGAGGAGGAGUGAAAAACACCUUCAUUUUCUUCAGCGUCCAGAAGAGGUAAGGCAAGAUCGACGUCGUUUUACCCUGUUUUGCCUGAAGUACCGUUACUCCCAAGGAAACAAAAUUGGUUCCCUGCAAUCCCUUCAUUUUCUGCAGCGUCAAGAGUUUCAUAGUUGGAUAGCUUUGUCUUGUGAGUUGUGACUGUAUGUUACUCGUAGAUUGGACAACCUGAAUGAAACUACAGCCCUCAAAUUUUUAGGGUGUAUCAAUCUCAAUCGAGUGUUAGCCCCCGAAAUUAGUUCAGUGUUUUAUGAAUUUUAUGAAUGAACGU